CAAUUUUAUGCUUGCCUGGAUGACCAAGUUUUGGCCCUUCCAGAACCUCUACAUCACCUGGUUCUUUCACCUGGCUGUGGCAGACUUAUUCUGCUGUCUGUAUCUCCCUGCCCUGGUGGUGCCCAUCAUCUGGCGCGGCCAGUGGCCAUAUGGGGUGAUGGGCUGUCGGGCCCUGCCCUUUGUCAUCUUUCUGUCCAUGUAUGCCAGCGUCCUACUCCUGACUGCUCUCAGCUUGGACAUCCUCUUGCUGGUCCUCAAGCCCACCUGGUGGACUGAGAAUCGGCGGCUACAUUGGAGGCCAUUAGCUUGUUUGGGAGCCUGGAUCUUGGCCUUGCUGCUGGCCGGGCCCUUGGCCAUCUACCAUAAGGUGCUCCUGGAGUCCUACCCAUCCCUGGUGGCGUGUGUGUUGGACUAUGGCAGCUGGACGGUAGCUGAGUACACAGUGACUGCCAUCCAAUUUAUUUUUGGCUUCCUGGGGCCGCUGGUGGUCAUGGCCAGCUGCCACGGUGCUGUCCUGCACCGUGAAGGCCGAUGCCGCUGGCUCCUGGGCAUGGUUGCUGCGGUGUGUUUUCUGGUCUGCUGGGCCCCCUACCAUGUGCUGCGACUGGUGAUCACCAUGGCUGGCCCCUCCUCCACGCUUUGGACCCGGGCCCUGCGGGCUGAACCCUUUGUUGUAGGACUCGCGCUGGCUCACAGCUGCCUCAAUCCCAUGCUCAUCCUGUAUUUCGGGAGGGCUCACUUUUGCGGGUCGCUGCCAGCUACGUGUCACUUGGUCCUAAAGGACCCCGGAAGCAAUAAUGAAAGUGUGAUCAAUGGGAAUUCCAGCAGCCAUGACCAGGUCCCUGAGACGGAGGUGAGCCUGGAAGGAAACUAAUUUU